UCCAAAAAAAAAACUGAACUCCAGCAGCACACAACACUCCCGAUCCCAUCUGGUCGAGCCGUCGUCGUCGUCGAGGGUUUCCGGCGGCUGGCUCCCCCGCCGGCCGGCUCUCCCCUCGCCCGGCCUCCUCUUCCCGAUGGAGACCAGCCAGAAAACUUUGCCGGACAUCCCCGGCGACCUCUUGGAGAAGAUAUUCGUCCGGCUGCCCACCCCAGAAGAUCUCGCUCGCACCUCCGCCGCCUGCGUCACGUUCCGCGGAGUCGUCACCGACGGCUCCUUCCUCCGCAGCUUCCGCCGCCUCCACGCACCACCAGUCCUCGGCUUCUUCGCGCAUAGCCAGUUCCAUCCCGCUCCGCCGCCUCACCCCUCCGCGCGUGCCGCCCGCGCGCUUGCCCUAGCCGCUGACUUCAGCUUCUCCUUCCUCCCCUCCUACUGCAGAUGGGGCGUCUGUGACAGCCGCGAUGGCCGCGUCCUUCUUGCUCGCAAGCCCGAAAAGGGCAAGGAGGCCCCGAUCUUCACGGAGCUCGUGGUGUGCGACCCCUUGCACCGGCAGUACAUCCUGCUCCCCACAGUGCCUGAAGAUCUGGUGGCAUCCGUGGAAAACUCGGUCAAGGAUUGUUUCUGGCGCUUCUGCGUGCCCUUCCUCAUUUCACCCAACAAGGCUGAAGAGACUGAAUUCAGAGUGAUCUGGAUGGCACGUUGCGGAAUUAAUCUGACCGUCCUCGUCUUCUCUUCCAGCACCGGGGAAUGGCUAGCCGCCUCAUCGUCCCAGGACUGGAGGGAUAUAGUCGUUGUCGGUGACCCGUUCUAUUUUCUCAGGCCCCAUUUCUCAGGUGGCUGCAUCUACUGGGACUCGCCGUUGAACCAGAACAAGUUGCUCGUGCUGGACACUAGUACUAUGGAGUUCUCCAUUGCAGAUUUCCCACCUGGAGAAUGGGGCGAUGUAAAAUUAGCUAUUGUCGAUGCAGGGGAAGGCAGGUUUGGGAUGUUUAGCAUCCAUGAUGGAGAUGAAGGUGGUGAAUCUGUUCUUAAUUAUAUGGUUGGGCAAAACAAAGGUGAGAGUUCUGGCCAGCUGAAGAAAGUCUCACUCUCACUAGGUUAUGGGCAUCGGUAUUAUUUCACAAACUAUGCAACACAGAAUUACUUGAUCCUAUUAAGGACGGAAGCUAGGCCGUACGUAGGCUUAUCACAGGCCCCAUCGAAGAUAGAAUUUUUCUCACUGGAUGUCAAGACAAUGCAGCUUGAGAGGAUGUUUAUUGAACCUUCCAUGUUUGGUGGUUCUAAAGUGCACAUAUAUACCAACUUCCCACCGUCGUUAUUGUCUUCACCAACAAUAUGAACUGAGUCGAUGGAUCAGAGUCAUUGUCAGAUGAGCACCCUCGUCGUCAGAACUCGAAGCAGUUGCGAUCUUGGCUGCAUGGACUUUGUCGCGUGCGGAUGUGGUCGCCUCGCCUAGAAGAAGACGACUUUAAUCUACAGUUGGCUUGCUCAUGUCUAUGUAGACUGUGUUGUUGUCCCGUUGCUAGUGUUUUAAACCGUUUUCUGACGGUCUGGGCCCGCCUGUCAGGCCACAUCAGCGCCGCGCGUGACGGAGAGGCCGGUAACGGCCGUUACUCGGACCGACCAGUGCGGUCGGACCGCACCCGCUCGUGCGCUCAUUAAGUGGUCUCCCUCCCUCGCACUCAUUCCUCUGCUCUCGCUCUCACUCUCACUCUCUCGCUCCUCUCCUCUCUGCUCUUCGACGCCGGCGGCGACUUGCGCUGUGGAAGCUCCACCGCCGCCAUGCCUUCAUGGAAUGACGGGGA